AGCCGCGCCCCGGGCUCGCCGCGCCGCGUGGUCGUGCAGGCAUCCACCGGAGAGCUGCUGCGCUGCCUGGGGGACUUCGUGUGCCGCCGCUGCUACCGCCUGAAGGAGCUGAGCCCCGGCGAACUCAUCUCCUGGUUCCGCAGCGUGGACCGCUCUCUGCUGUUGCAGGGCUGGCAGGACCAGGGCUUCAUCACCCCGGCCAACCUGGUGUUCGUGUACCUGCUGUGCCGGGAGGCUCUGCGGGGAGAAGACAUCGGGAGCCAGGCCGAACUGCAGGCCGCCUUCCUCACCUGCCUCUAUCUCGCCUACUCCUACAUGGGCAACGAGAUCUCCUACCCGCUGAAGCCCUUCCUGGUGGAGGGCGACAAGGGCCGCUUCUGGGAGCGCUGCCUGGGCAUCAUCCAGCGCCUGAGCGCCAAGAUGCUGCGAAUCAACGCGGACCCGCACUACUUCACGCAACUCUUCCAGGACCUCAAGAGCGAGGGCGAGGGCGGAGACGGGUCCAAGCACUGGACGAUCAGCCUGGACCGCUAGGGAGGUACCGGGCCCCCGGGGACGGAAGGGGCCGUGCACCGAGGGGCGGGGGAGGCGAAGGACUGCUGGAUUUCCCCCCCCCCCAACCCCAAUCUUCCUCGCCUAACCCCCUUCGCGGAGACGCUGCCUGGACCCUCCCCGCUCCGGAU